AAAGGGUUCAGAAGAAUGAGCCGAACAUUUUCCGAGUGCUCUUACCCGGAAACGGAGGAGGAGGAACUGCUGGACAGGGAUUCCUGCCAUCGGUUUGAGAAGAGACUGGGCAGGAGUGAACCUCCUUCUGCCACUUUCCUUAAGAGCCAUGUGAGGAAAGAGUCCUCUGCUGUGCUCAACAGAAUCCAGAAGAUUGAGCAGGCACUGAAGGAGCAGUCAGGCAGAGGCCUCCCCCAGUUACCAAGCAGCUGCUACAGUGUUGACAAAGGGAGGAAAAAGUCUGGGGCUCUGCCUACUGUGGAGGGACUGAAUGAAACCCCCAGCGAUAGCAAAGGCGGGGGUGUUAUUUUGGGGAGUGAACCAGAAAGCCCUCCUGAGGCUGAGAAAAGCAGUAAAACAAAACAGGGCGUUACUGCGAGCUCAGUGGGCCCCAGAGUGCUCCUGGAAAGCGCGCCCAACAGCGCCGUGAACCCUGUCCCCAAGCCCAAACGCACCUUUGAGUACGAGGCAGACAAGUCCCACAAGAGCAAACCAAGCAAUGGCCUACCUCCAUCUCCCACAGCUGCUGCUCCUCCUCCCCUCCCGUCCACGCCCGCGCCCCCCGUGACCAGAAGGCAGAAGAAGGAGUCGCGCUUUCACCGAAAAUCCCAGAACAGAAAAUCCUUUGAGUUUGAGGAUGCCUCAAGCCUGCACUCCCUGUACCCUCCCUCCCCGACUGAAAAUGGAACCGAGAGCCAGCAUAAAUUUGGAUCCAAGAGCACUUUAGAAGAAAAUGCCUAUGAAGACAUUGUAGGCGAGUCACCCAAGGAAAACCCGUACGAGGAUGUGGAGCUGAAAGGCCGUCACGGGGGGCGAAAAUCCCAUCAGCUGUCCGAGAACUCCCUAGAUUCCCUGCACAGGAUGUGGACGCCGCAGAGCAGGAAAUACACGGCACCUCCGCAGCUUGUCCAAAGAAUCAAUUCCAUCUACAGUGCAAAAAGAGGGAAAAAACGACUGAAGAAACUUUCUAUGUCCAAUAUUGAGACAGCGUCUCUACGAGAUGAGAACAGCGAGAGUGAGAGUGACUCAGAUGACAGGUUUAAAGCUCACACCCAGCGCCUUGUGCACAUCCAGUCAAUGCUGAAGAGGGCUCCAAGCUAUCGAACCCUGGAGCUGGAGCUGAUUGAGUGGCAGGAGCGGGAAUUAUUUGAGUAUUUUGUGGUAGUGUCCCUGAAAAAGAAGCCCUCUAAAAACACUUACCUCCCAGAAGUGACAUACCAGUUUCCCAAGCUGGAGAGGCCCACCAAGCAGAUGCGGGAAGCGGAGGAGCGCCUCAAGGCCAUCCCACAGUUCUGCUUCCCUGAUGCCAAGGACUGGCUCCCUGUCUCUGAGUACAACAGUGAGACCUUCUCUUUCAUGCUGACUGGGGAGGACGGGAGCCGGCGCUUCGGGUACUGCAGGAGGCUCUUGCCCAAUGGAAAAGGCCCACGCCUACCUGAAGUUUACUGUGUCAUCAGCCGCCUGGGGUGCUUUGACUUAUUUUCUAAGAUCCUGGAUGAGGUUGAAAGGAGAAGGGGAAUAUCUGCUGCCCUGGUUUAUCCAUUUAUGAGAAGUCUGAUGGAAUCUCCUUUUCCUGCACCUGGAAAGACAAUCAAAGUCAAAACCUUCCUGCCUGGAGCUGGAAAUGAGGUCAUCGAGCUGCGGAGGCCCAUGGACUCCCGCCUGGAGCACGUGGACUUCGAGUGCCUCUUCAGGUGCCUGAGCGUGCGGCAGAUCAUCCGCAUCUUCGCCUCGCUCCUGCUCGAGCGCCGCGUCAUCUUCGUGGCCGACAAGCUCAGCACCCUGUCGAGCUGCUCCCAUGCUGUAGUGGCCCUGCUGUACCCCUUCUCCUGGCAGCACACCUUCAUUCCUGUCCUGCCCUCGUCCAUGAUUGACAUCGUGUGCUGCCCUACCCCGUUCCUGGUGGGACUGCUCUCCAGCUCUCUGCCCAAACUCAAGGACCUGCCUGUAGAGGAGGCUUUGAUGGUUAACCUGGGAUCUGAUCGAUUCAUCAGACAGAUGGAUGAUGAAGAUACACUAUUGCCUAGAAAAUUGCAAGCUGCUCUGGAGCAGGCUCUAGAGAGAAAGAAUGAACUAUUAAAUCAGGAUUCAGAUAGUGAUUCAGAUGAUGAAUGUAACACCCUGAAUGGAUUAGUGUCUGAGGUUUUUAUCCGAUUCUUUGUGGAGACAGUUGGCCAUUAUUCCCUGUUCCUAACCCAGAAUGAAAAAGGAGAGCGUGCCUUCCAAAGGGAGGCUUUCCGUAAAUCUGUGGCCUCCAAGAGUAUCCGCCGCUUCUUGGAAGUUUUCAUGGAAUCCCAAAUGUUCGCCGGUUUCAUCCAGGACAGAGAGCUGAGGAAAUGCAGGGCUAAAGGGCUCUUCGAGCAGAGGGUGGAACAGUACUUGGAAGAGCUCCCGGACACGGAACAAAGUGGAGUAAACAAGUUCCUGCGAGGCCUCGGUAACAAAAUGAAGUUCCUCCACAAGAAGAACUAGCUCCUUCCUGCUGAAACACCAACCCAAAACCUAUUUAUGGCACCGUGCGAGAGACCUGCGGCGCUGGAGUGCAGAGCGGGAGGAGAGCGGAGCGAGCUGAGGCAGCUCCAGAAGAAGAUCCAUGGAUGCUGUGUCAGUGUGCCACAGGAUGGCUCCUCCAUGUUUUUGGGCAGAGUUUGUACAUAAUGUGCUGUAAGCUUUUGUAACUGAUUUUGUAAUGAGCGAGAAAACUGUGGUAAAUAUUUGUAUAUUCCUGAGAAUACCAGGUGCUUGUUUUUUUUCUUUAGUAUGAGUUGAGUUAUGCUUGGUGCAAAAACGAGUAGCUGAUUAUGUGCAGCUGACUGUCUCAGCAGAACCACUGACUCCAAGGGAUGUUUGAUGCCUGAACACUGCGGGGUGAAUGAGCUCGGGUACGUGGGAGAGGUUUUAUGCACGGGGCUGCUCUCGUGCGGCACAGGCGCUUGUCUGUCUGUCUGUCUGUUUCCUUCGAACUGAUUUUAAAGGAGAAAUAACAAAGUAACUUGAUAAUAAGGUACUUGGUUCACAUUGCAGAACCUCCACUUGGUUUGAACUCAGUAAACUCCUUAUAACCCACUGUGCACUAAGAUGCUAAGCCUGGGGAGAUCUCAGCUCUCUUGACAUGCAAGCUGCAGCAAGUAGGUACAGUACAGCCUUUCCUAGUGUAUGUAUGUAUGGAUCCUAAUAAACUCUGUAAAUAGACCUGUUUGUUUAUAUUCAUUGCAAACCUCUGCACUUCCUCAUGUGGAGCAGGUACAAACACAGCAACUCACCUGUGAUUUUUAAAUGAAUUUGUAAUUAAAAUGUAAAGUGGAUAUUACAAACCUGUCUUUUGGUAGGUUUGCUGUUUUUGUUUUCACUUUAGGGUUUCUUCAGUGUUUUUCACUAGGGCUAAGACAAGAGACAUUUUAUACCCCUUUUUAAAUAAUUUUAUCCUAACAAAAGCAUCUGUUAAAACAUUUUUUCAUGGGUUAGCAGCGAAUGAUUUUAUCUUUGUAUCACAGAUACUGCUCCUGACCUAUGGAAUUUUCAGUUGGCUUUGUGCUGUGCUUGGUGCUCAAGUGUCACACUCUUCCUUGAUGUAGAAACAGAGCUCCUGUUAAGGUUCUAUAAGUUUUCCCAUAGUCUGAAGAAGAAAAUAUUAAAAAAAAUAUAAAAUGCUUCAGAUCUGACAGAUAAUGAAAAUUAGCUGAAGCCUCUUACCUUCAAAGGAAACCCACCACGCUCUGGUGUUCGUCAUUCUCAGCGUGACUGCUGUAGUUAGAUGGGCUUUGAGGCUUGCGCAGUUCCUGACCUGACAGUGGUUCUGGUUUGCUAUCAGCCUCAUAGAGCAAAUUCGAGGGCUGUUCACUGAAAAGGUGAAGUCGUUUCCUUUUUCAGUUACCUCCCUCACACUCCAAAAUCCACAAAAGCAUCUUAAGUGUAUGUGAAAUGUCAGUGAAAUACCAGGUGCUUUUGCUACAGAUGAAAUGUCACCAAAACUGGUAACUUCCAUUAGUUUUACUCUGUGAUAUGUUCCAAGUUCCAGAAUGAUUGCUAGAUGUAAUUCUUGAGCGUGGAAGGAGUAAUGUCACUUGUACAGGUGGCUUCUGGCCUUUUUAUAAACAACAGCUGCUAGUAACUGUAGGGGGAAAUACAUAAUUCCUCUUCAGAAAAUGAUGGAUAAAACUGUAUCAGGACAUGCUGUGGAGUUACUGCAAAGGCAAGACAAAGCCGAUGUACAAGAAUGUUGUGCUGUAAAACCCAUCUCCUGUGCCAAAGCUGUUUUGCUCCAUUUGCACUUUAAAAAUUAAAGGAGAAAGCUUUUAAA